UUUUACCAUACUCUGACUUUAUUUAUGCUAAUUGGUGAACUAGUCGUCGUCUAUAUGUUUCAAUAGUCAAGUUAAACUUCUCCUGAGCUAAUGGUCUGCGUGAUAGAUCUAAGGUGCUAACCUGCUUUGCCUCAGAAUGCUAGCAAGACCAGACAACUUGGCUCAUGAUGUGGUUGCUAAGCUAACACUUAGCCAAAUGUCAGUUGGCAGUGGCACCUGUUCGGGUGACAUACGGAGCAAUGACGAUGGUUUAGUAAGAUAAGUGUCCUUGCUGUUGAAUGCACUAACCUUAGCUGGUGUGAGGCAGAGGUGUAACGGAAACGUUUGUUAGGUUGUGUAAUAUUUGUACAAAUUCGUAACAAUUAACGUUAAUUGUCAGAUGUCUAACAGGUUUGUCAAGUCACUCUUUCAUGUGACGUCAUCAAGCUAGCAAAGUUAGAUUUUAGCUGUGCUUUUGUCAUAGUUAAGGGCAAUAUGUUUAAAAAUAUUAGUUGCAUUGCUAUGACUAGUUACGUUAGUCACACACACAACAGUCCACAACCAUUGGUCUACAGCAUACAUGUUUCGGUGACCGUGAAGUUCAUAAACCCACAGACUUUCAGCUAUCUUUAAAUGUGUGGUUAAGGCAAGGCCACUCUGAUGGACUGCAAGUGGCGGAUGCUUCUGUCCCAAUGAAAAGCCACUGAUGUAUAUUUAGCAGGGUCAGGUCUCCAGUCAGCACGAUGCUUCCCAAGAGGCUAUCCUUUGAUGGUAGAGGCACGGUCUCUCUCAGGUUGUGAUUGCUAGUGACGGAAUGGUACCGUGUCGCUGGAGUGUCCUGGUACCACUGGUGCUGCUCCUGUCCCAGGCCCAAGGCUUUCUGCACUUCGAGGACGAUGAUGCCUCUUCGGCUUUUGCCGUGCCGAAGGAGUGGGUGUUGCUCCACGUGGUCCAGGGCCACAUUGGCGCAGGCAACUACAGUUACCUGCGACUAAACCACGACGGGCGCAUCAUCCUACACAUGAGCAGCCUCAAAGGCGACGCCGACCUCUACGUGUCAGACAAGACGCUUCGGCCAAGCUUUGACACCUACAAGCUGCAGUCGGUCACAUGCGGGCAUGACGUGGUGGUGGUGCCCGGGGAGUUCACCCGCCCUGUGGGCAUUGGCAUCUACGGUCACCCCUCUCACCAGGAGAGCGAGUUUGAAAUGAAAGUGUUCUACGACCAGACUGUCCUGACUGAGGACCCUUUCCAAAGGGACUCGUACCCCUCAGAAGAGGGCACCCACGGCCAACCCAGGUACCCUCAGGGAGGGGGACAGGAGGACUUUGAGGAGGAGGAAGAGUCCAUCUUCUGGACCAUUCUCAUUGGCAUUUUGAAAAUCAUACUUGAAAUCUUGUUCUGAGUAACAGACAAAGCACUUGUGAUGUGAGUGUUUUUUUGUUUUUUUGUUUUUUUUUUUCCAUUGAGAGAAACUCCCAAGAAAUGGUGGGAAGUAGACUAUGGAUGCCUCGAACUAAAGUGAUUUACUAAAGCGAUAUUUUCAAACAGCUAUUUUUUGAUCAGACUUCAAUUUUGUAUUGAUCAUAGAAAAAGUGUACAAAAAAAUAAAGUUCAGAAGGUGAAUGAAUUUAUCUCCGCCUUGACCAUACGCCUCAGAUUCAUACCACUGGCUCACAAGUGUAACUUCUGGAGAACAGCUACUCACGCAUCACCUUGUUCACCACGCUGGUCGUUCUGUGGUGUUAAUGCCGUUUAAUGUGAAGAUUUGGGAACCACUACUUUGAAAUUGACAACAGACCUGCUCUGUAACAGGAGAAGAGAAAGGGCAGAAGCAUGUAGGGAGAAAUAUCCUUUUGUGCCUUUUCAUCAGUCCCAUCACACCGCCCCCAACUCCCCAUUGGCUAAUGGUGAGGCUCAAUCACACAGUGGAAUUAUUUGUAAAUAUUUCCAAAUAAAGAGAACCACUUAUCUUUGCAAAA